AUUAGCAUGCCUAUGAUUAGUGGUACGUUUCCUUUUUAAAAGUUUGGUUUGUAAGAUGUGUAGACGUAUCUACAAUCUCGGGUGUCGGAUUCAGCGGAAUAGCAGGUGAUGGGGUCGAAUCUCGGCGACUUGCCCUCCUACGACCCCCAUAAUUUCAGCCAACUCAGACCCUCUGAUCCUUCUAAUCCCUCUAAAAUGACGCCUAUCACUUACCAUCCUACUCAUGAUCGCACACUCCCCCCACCAGACCAAGUGAUCUCCUCUGAAGAGAAAAAUAUACUUCUGAGGCACUUCUAUAUGCGUGCUGAAGAGAAGCUAAAAUCAAAGAGAGCUGCUUCUGAUAAAUUAUCACCAGAGCAAGUCAGGAAGCAUCCUAGGGCUUCUAUAUCUAAGGGUCACCUCUAACAUUAAUUUGAUCCUCGUAAGAUCUGGGCUUUCUCUUGUACCCGUUGCAUAUAUCAUUACCGUCAUCCUCCUCCUAGUGUAGGUGUUUGCCUUGAAAAGCUGAAAGUUUACAUUUACGCUUGUUGUAAAUUUGUUAUUCACUUGAAAGACAUGUACAUUUCUGACAAUAAAGUCUGGCUUCAUAGAUA